GAAGCUGUCUGCGGCAAAGACCACGUAGCCACGAGGUAUGGAGUGCCGUAUCCGUAUGUCAAUUUGAAACAUAAUGCAGACAUCGAAAUAGGUAACUUACAGAAUGGGAAGACAAGUACUUGCCGAGGAAGGAAUUUUGCCGAAUCUUCAGGCACUUGCCAAACCAGAUUGUUAUGAAGUCGGUUUAAUUAUUGGCCAGACAUCUGGACAGCGAGAUUAUGUGAUACACCUGGCGAGAACGCCAAGACCUGCUAAUAAGGAUGAAACUGAAGAUACCCCAGAUGAACGAAAGAGACCGAGCGAUCAUGUUGUGAUAAAAUCAUUUAAAGAUCUCCAAGAACAUUGGAUUGCAGAGCACGCAAAACAUGUCACCCGGAUGUUGCCAGGUGGUUUCUCCGUUAUGGGAGUCUUUACAGUUGGCCCUGGUGAUGUUUUUGCAGAUUCUUUAGGGCUGAAACAGCUGCGGCAAGUUUUGGUCCGCAUUAAAAAACAUCUUUCCACUAAUCAUUUCCUUUUUGGUGAUGGCUGCUCCGUUGACAAGUUAUUACUUCAUUUUGACAGCAAAACACACAAGCAUACAUGCAGACUGUUUAGUGCCGACAGCACCACACCAUCUUCUGGCACUUCAGUAGACUGGAAAUUUCAAACAGCACCUGCUAGAUGGCACCAAAUUGAAUGCCAGUAUGAGUUAGAUCAGUUUUUCCCAGUCACUGAAGGCAAAGUUGCACAACCUAUCAAAAAAUCAUUGCAGGAAAUUUUACUAACAGUGGAAGAAUCCGUUCAGGCAUCAGCCUGCAUCAUAGAAGGUCAGGCACCAGAUCUGUGUGAUGGUAUUGAAGCUGUGGACUGGACUGGCACAGGCCACAAGGCAAAAGGAAAGAAAGAACCAUUGACACUGUCUGCAGUUUUGUAUCAACCAUGCAAAUUGGGAACUGGUGAUGAAGAAGAAAUGCAACUUUUGCCAUGUGGAGCCAGUAUGGAAGUUUACGGUACCUUGGCAAGUCGUGUUUUUGUUAAUGAGAAGGCUACAGUUGGCGAUGCAGUGCAGGCACUUAAAGAAGACAUAAUACGGUCACUGGCUGCUAGACUUGAACUGCAUUGGGACAGCCUAAUAGAAGAGGAGCAAGGGUCUCCUGAAGAAAGAGUCACCUUACAUGAGCCUCCACGAAGAGUAUUAGUGCCAUUACCUCAUUGUCGAGUGGCACUUUCUGACUAUUUAUUCCCUGGUGAAGGUCCUAGUGAGGCUCUUGUAUCACUUCAGGAGCUGCUAGAUCUUGAUAUGAGUGAGGAUGAUGUUCAGAAGGAUUUGGAACUUCAAGCAGAUCCAGAGGAUUUCUGUCCCCCAGAAGUGGAGCGAGAAUCUUCAGAUGUGGCCUCAUCAGCACCUUUAUCCAAAAAUCGAGGAAAGGCUUCAUCUUCACAACAACACCAACAGCAUACAAACGUUCUUCUUGCUGGACUAAUUGUAGCAGCAGUUGUUUUAAUUCUAUCUGUGACUGCACAGCUGACUGGAUGGUUUGACAGAACAUAAGAAAAGUCUGAAGAUAUAUUUGUAGAAACUGACUAAUAAAGUUUGUUAUACCUUUCCAGUAUUCA